AUUUCAUUUGGGGGAAAGUGCUGAUUCCCUUAGCUGCAGCUAGUUGGAUUUCUCACUUCUGUAAAAGCUCAGCGUGUUUCGGAUUAUGCUGAAUAUCAUGAUAGUUAUUUGAUUUGAGCAGCACUAACUUUCCUCAGUAUUUUAGCUUCUCUCUUUAGCCUCACUGUGAGUAGGCCCCAUUCUUGUUUCCUGCUACUGAAGUAGUCAUUCUCCAGGAGCCCCUCUUACAUCCACAUCCUAGGGGCUAAUUCAGAGUGGUGAGGUAAAACGGGAGAGCUUUGGUCUGUUUGAUUAAAUGCAGCCUGAUGAGAUGUUUAAUUUUCCAAAUUGCAAACGUGAAACGCAUCCAAAUACAGUGGUCAUGAGGAAAAUUCCGAGAUCAAAUUCUCUGGGUGUCUUUUGGGAUAGCACUUGAAGUAUUCAGCAUUUCUAACAGUGUGCAGUAAAGAUGUAGCAAGGUGGAGAAAGAAUGGGGCAUUUGAGAGUCAUGCUUGGAGGAGACUAAGGGAAUCACAAGGGUAGAUGCUCACCAGGUGCAAAUUAGUGCAGCUUCAUUGACACCAUGGUAAUUUUCCCCAGCUGGGGAUUUAGUCUUCAGUUUUCAUUUUAUCAGGACCUUCCCUUUAACCAGUGGGAGUUCUACCUAAACAACAAGGCUGCGUGCCGCAGCUACUUGUCCCCGGGGUAUGCCUGUGUCGUGCACCCUCUGGCGUGCAGCAGGUUAUCCCAGGUGGCGUAGGUGAGGCUGGGGGCAGCAACUGUGCUGGUCCCAGAAAUCCUACCUGGGAUCCUGGGGGCCUUAGGGGAGUUGCAGCCAUGGUGCUCCUGCAACUUGGAGCUUGGCCAGCUGCUGAAGUGUGGCUCUGGCCAGCCAGGCUCUGUUGUUGGGUGGUGCAUGCUGCACCCUUGUUUGCUGCCCUGCUUUUUUUGCAUAGGUUUUUUUGAGCCCAGGAUCUGCCACAGGUGGGUCUGAGGCACCACAUACUGCAUGGCCGCGCUCAUCUGGAUGUGGCCCAAGUGAGUAAAGAUGUGGUUUACUGAGGGGCCAAACACACCUGAACCUCUUUCUGAGACCCAUGGACACAGGGAGUAAUGCAGAUAGAGGUAUAGAGAUUUACCAAUCCAUCAUUUGAAUGGGAGAUGGGGUAUAAUGAAAGGGAGUACAGCUGUGGGAUUAACCUACCAACCCAUCAGACCACCUUUUGUAGGAGCUGGGUCAUAAGCAGAAUCUUAGGUUCUCCAGAGAACAACACUUGUAUUAUUCCCUAUGAGUGGCCUCACACCCUGCUACUAGAAAAGAUGUGAAAACAAUAGCUCCUGCUUAAAGAAGAUUGGGCAAGGUGGGAAAUAAAUUGCCACUGGGCAGAUUUCCAGCCCAACUUAUUGGCCUAGGAGGCCUUUAGAGUUCUUGGGUUUUGCAGGUGAACAGAAUAGCUUGUAGCAUAUUUGAAAAGAUGUAUCUUGAAAUAAUGACUGCAUUCAGGUGUUAAAUUCACUUGGCUUUGUUUCUUACAGAUGUUGGGUCAGUGCAAUAAUUAGCUGAGGAGGUAUUUAUAAUAGAGUGUAUCUUUAAGAGGCACAGAUAUUUGCAAGUAGUGUUCCUUAUUUUUUUUUUCCCCUUCGUGCUGACUUGUCUACAUAGCCCCAACAAGGUUCUUCGGGUGAAUCUGAUAUCUUUUAUUAGACCAACCUUGUCUGCCUUAUGUCCUUAGCCAGGGACGGGCAAUUAUUUUGGGCAGAGGGCCACUUACUGAGUUUUGGCAAGCCAUCGAGGGCCACAUGACAGGCAGCUCAGGGCAGAUUAAUGUUCAUUUUCUAAAUUUUUUUAGGGGCCCCGUGGGCCGGAUAGAAUGGCCUGGCGGGCUACAUCUGGCCCCCAGGCCGCAUUUUGCCCACCCCUGCCUUAGACCAACACGGCUACAACCUACACCCCUGUUACAUGGGCCAGUGCAUUCAACUUAAGGGUGUCUCUUAAAAGGAUGGCAUCCUUGUUAAAUUGCCAACCUAGGGACUAGAUUCUGUGCCACCUAGUAGGGACUCAAAUAGACUUGGAUACCAAAUUAUGAUCCUAUUCUGCUUUGCUUGAGUCCUUGAAAAACUUAAUAUAAAAGGUGGGUGGCUUCUCCUCCCCUUCACCACUUGCCAGUGACUUAAUCUUAAGACUAAGAUGUUACCAAAGUGGUCCCAUUAAUAUUUUUCAGGGACUUGACCGAACAGGGUGAAAUUAGGAUCACACUUAGGUGCCUACGUCCACUUGAUGAAACAGGAUUUGGUCCUAGGUGUCAAGAAAAUUCCUGAUUCCAAUAGGUGUCCAGGGUACCCUUGGCCAUGUCGCUUCAUCCUGGAGAUGAAGCUGCCUCCUUGGAAGGUGCUAGAGAAAUGCAUGGUAUUCCCGCAGCACAAAUAUUCCCACUGGAAGCUUUUGAGUGCUGGCCUGUCAGAGAGGCCAACCUCUCCAAACUCUCUUCCUGUCCUCUGCAGGAGGAUACGUGUUUAUGCUUGCAUGUAGGGGACCCUCCCUUACAGGAGUUUGAAACCUUUACAACAGCUGACUAGAAUCGAUCCCUUUUAGCGUGCUCCAAUGGGAGAUCGAAGACAAAUUGUCACAUUCCUGAGGGCUGGGUACUCUUUGUUGUUAACGUUUUUGGCAGAGUUUUGGCGCUCUGACUCAGUGAAGCACUCAGCGCAAAUAGUGCAAUGGUAACAAAUAAAGUGGACAGUGAAGCUUCCCUUUAUUUCGUAAUCCUGUUUGCUGUUCUAGAAACGGCCAACAGUUUCAGAAUCACUGACUCAAUUUUUGGAUCCCAUUCUCAUGACAAAGCGACUGUCUGGUUUAUAACAUGUCUGUUAUAAAAAGGGGGCCUCCGCUUCUGGCUCUGCGUAGCGGCUCCUGUGAUUCCUUCAGCAUCUGGGGAGCUGCACUAAAAUCAAAAAUGUCCAAAACUGGAACCAAGGUAUGUUUGCUAGAAUAGUUUGCUUCCAGACAUUACAAACUUGAAAGAGGUGGAGCAUAAUAAGCAGCUCUUGUUUACAGAUGUGGGAGAAAUGUCGACAGAGCCUAGGGCUAACGCAGUAGAUUUUCAUAGGAGCAGGAGAAGCUAGGAAGGAGAUCAAACCAGAGGACAAAUGCUCGUAUUUCAAGAACAGCAGUGGCUUUCCCUCUCUGUCACUCAGCUUUUCAAACCAAACUUGGUCAAACAGAGAAAAUGACAGGGCUGUACUGUUGACAAAGUGCAUCUCCUGUACGUUGAAUAUUUGACAUCAGAGAAGCUGCUCUCAGGUGAGUAGAAUCUUGCCUCAUGCUCCCCUUGGUGACUGCGAGUGGCGGGUGCCAGUGUCAACCUGGAAGCCAACAAUUGAAACUAUAGCACUGGACUUCUUAAAGUUAAGAGCAGCAUGCUCUCUAACUCCAGUGGGGAGGCAAGAGUGUGCCUGAUGGUUUGGACACCUGGGUUCUCUUUUUUGGCUCUGGUUCUGCCUCACUGGAUAAGGACUAGUCAUGUAGAACCUCUUGCGACUACUGUUGAGCUGUUUCUUAUACAUGUUUUUCUUAUACGUGUCUUUCUUUAUGUAAGAGACAUAAUGUGAAUUACCAUGCAAGCAUGUACUGAUGCAAGGCAUGAUGUUUGUAUUAUCGGCUCCUCUUUUUGAGUCUUGGCACAGUACAAGUGUGAUGCACAGACCUCUAAGCCCUGAUCCUGGAAGAAGCUGUAGAACACAUUUUAGGAUUGGGGCCUCAAAGUGGGGCAAGAGGUUUGGUCUGAAAGCAGGGAGGAACUCCCUUCUAUUGACAAGGGAAUAACUAUUUAUAGUGUCUGGCCAGAAGAGCAUUGCUUUAUUAGAUGUAAGUGUGGCACUAUGUAUGACAAACAACAGGGUUGGAGGGCCAGUGCCGACAGAUGGGACAGUACUUGCCUAUGCAAAGAACAAAUGUUUCCUUGCUGCCUCAUUAACCUAUUUUCUCACUGCUUGUGUUCAUCUUAAAUUCCCCAGUAGUUGCAUAUACUGCAUGGUGCCUGUUCCCAUUUCUUGAGUCAUGGUACCAUAUUGUCAUGUCUUGUCUUUGUCCAUUAAAAUACUAUAUUUUAGUAAAGUGAAAUUUGUGAAUUGUGCUCAGUUUCCUUGCUCCGUCAUCAGUUUACAUUAACGACUCUUGAUUUGUCUGGUUAGGCAGACUGAACGAGUGAUUUUCCCCCCCCCCAUGGCCAUUUCCCUACCAUCCUUCAAAUACAAAGACAAGAACACCUUAAAGUUGCACCCGCAGGAAGUGAGUGGACUUAAAGGGCAGCAUGUUUUAUUGUGAGAGAAAGAAUGCUUUUGGGAACCUAUAAGGAAUAUCCUUUUCCCAAACCCAAUUUCCUACUUGUUUCACCCUGGCUUACAAAGGGAAAGUUCUUUUCAUGUAGACUUGUACCCACUUCAGGCUGGGAACAGAAGUUCACAUGUAUUUCUUCUCAAUCUUAUUGCAAGCAAAGUGGUUCAAGUAUAAGUUCCAAUUUCCCCCUCAAAAGCUAAGUUUGGGGGGUUUAAAUUACGUUAGUCUCCUUUAGUCGUCAUAUUUAGAAUUGCCUACUUACGUAUAGGCAGUACUUGGGAAGUUAUGGUCUUGUAAAAAUACUGUGGUUUUGAGUAAUGAUUCUUCCCCCAGUUAUGUACAUUCCUCCCUGCACACACACUUGCAUAUUGACUCUUAGCACUUCUCCUACAGUAACUGUUGGUUGGGUGCCUCUCUUCCAAUAACUGUUGACUGAGAAUAUUGACUACACACACGUGUGCGCAUUGACUCUUAGUGCAUCUCUUCCAAUGACCAUUGACUUUGCCUUGGUUGGGUUUCAGGUCACCUUCUAUGAAGACAAGAACUUCCAGGGCCGUCGCUAUGAGUGUGAGAGCGACUGCUCUGAUUUCCACACCUACUUGAGCCGCUGCAACUCCAUCCGAGUUCAAAGAGGUGCCUGGGUGGUUUAUGAGAGGCCUAACUUUUCAGGGAACACCUAUGUUCUGACCCCAGGAGAGUAUCCAGACUACCAACAUUGGAUGGGCCUCAAUGACCGUCUCAGCUCCUGCAAGGCCAUUCAGAUACCCAGUGGAGGCCAGAGCCAGAUCCAGAUUUUUGAGAAGGGAGACUUUGGCGGGCAGAUGUUUGAAUCUACUGAAGACUGCUCUUCCGUCAUGGAUGAGUUCCACAUGCGGGAAAUCCAUGCGUGCAAAGUGCUGGGGGGCGUCUGGGUCUUCUACGAGCACCCCAACUUCCGCGGCAGGCAGUACCUCCUGGAGAAAGGCGAGUACCGCAAACCCGUGGAAUGGGGAGCCGUGUCCCCUGCUGUCCAGUCCUUCCGUUGCAUUGUGGAGUGAAGGGCAGAGGAGCUUCUCCGUGGGGGCCAGCACCCCAGUGUGCUAGGAAUGCUGCUUGGAGGCCAUGAAUAAAGCAUUUGGUUGACUCUG